CGGAUGAGGAAGUGAAGCUUAGCUUUUGAAGUGGUGGAAGCGAGAAUUAAAAGCGGAGAAUCGAUGGCGGAAUCCCCGGUAGGGCCCGGCCGGAUUCCGGGAGGCGAGGCCGAAGGGGAGGAGGUCUCGCUCGUGGUCAAGAGCCCCGCGCAGCGGCACCCCGACCUCCGCCUGACCGCCCAGCGCUCGUGGACCGUCCGUCGCCUCAAGGCUGAGCUCCGCCGCCGCCACCCGGAUGCCCCGGUGAGUCUGCGAAGCUCGCUGUCCUCCUCCUCAUACGGCACUUCCCCACCUCUUCCUUGCUUACUUAAAAAAAAAAUCUGUUACGGGCUACACUGCUCCUGAGCGGGGAGGCUCUGUUUGAGAAAACUCUCUCCUAUGGAGCCUCCAAAUUCAGACGCAGCCUAAUUCGGAAGCUGCCAGGGUGGGACAGACUGGGGGUUUUCUGCCUUUGUGCUCGGCUAUUGUUGGCGACUUGGGGGUUGAAAUUGGGAGAUGUGAACUUUUAAAGGGGCGAGAGUAAUGUUUGAGGGAUGUUGAUAGUGAGCCAGAGGCUGAAGGCAUGGACGGACGUAAAUAAUACCAUUAAGCCAGCCUUCCCCAAUGCAGGGACCUUCCAGAUUUUGGGGCUACAACUCCUAACGCCCCCCGGGAGCGCUGGCUGUGGCUGUUGGGAGCUGUAGUCCAACAAUAUCUAGAGGGCUGCAUGUUUGUUUAUUUGCAUUUAUGCCCCAGCAUCUUCUUCAAAGAUCUCAAGGUGGCACGUAUGAUUCUCCCUCUCCUCAUUUAAUCCACAUAACAACCCUGUGAGGUAGGUUGAGUGAGUGGCUGGCUCCCAAGGUCACACACAGUAAAUCGCCAAGUGGCGAUUUGAACCCUGAUCUCCCAGGCCCCACUCUAUUCACUACACUGUAUUAAGCAGAGCAGGAGAUUGAUGUUUAAUCUCUUCCCACAACCCUCCUUUUUGAAAAUUUAGGACUCUGAAACCAAAUAUGGCCUUGGAUGACAGCCUUCCUGGAUCACAUCUGUGGUCCUUCUAGCCCAGCUUUCUGCCGCCUACAGUGGCCAACAAGUUGUUUCAUGGAGGGCAUGAAGGCAGAAGUUUUCUUCCUGCAGUUGCUCUUCUGUGACUGGUGUUCAGUGGCAUACUGCCUCUGCACCUGGAGAUUCUAUGUUGCUGUCGAGUGGCUGGUGAUAAACCUGGUUGUUGUCCAAGAUCUUCCCUCUGUCAUGGAAUAUUAGUUGCUGGCUGGGGAGACUUCUAGAGUUGCGCUUUUAUUCCACUUAGAUUUCCCAUAGGCAUCUGGUUGGUUACUGUCAGAAGAGAGCGGACUUGAAAGGCCUUCAAGUAGCAGCACUCUUAGCACUAUGAAAAGAUUAAGCUUGCUCUUGUAUUGCUCAUUUUUAUUUAUUUCAUGAAAUUUAUACAACACUUGAUUGCGGGAGAAAGCCUCAAAGUGGUUUGCAUGGUACCUGCCACCAUAUUCACCAUAGUUCCUUUCUUUCAAUUCUUCCCACAGUCACUGAUUUUUGAAGCCUUUAUCUCUUUUACGCUCAAAGGCCUUUUUCUGUUUUCUAUUUGCUUUUUUAUGUAUCCAUUAUGUACCUUGGCUUUUCUCCAGUGAUCUGAGUACAUGAUGAUAUCUGCUCUUUCUUCCUGCAGGUAGGUUAGGUUGUGGGGUGGAGAAUGGCUCAAGGUGCCUCUGUGACCUUCAUGGCCAAGGAGAGAUUUGUCUCCGUGGUCCAGUGUUCGUUCGCUGCAUUGGCUUGUUCUUCCCCCAGUUCUACCUCUCACCUUAUUUCUUUUUCCUCAUCCACUUCCCCCCUCCUUUCAUAGUUGUUCUUUCUGCUUAGGCUGGUAUCUCCCAUUUCUGCAGCCUCCAUCCUGUUCAUGUUCUCUCCAGGCAUCUUGGCCUGUUCUUACUCUCUAAACAGCCUUUAUAUAGCAGCAGUUGGAAUCUUAACAUUUCUCACCAAGGACUAGGAAGCUGCCAGUAGUGUUUUAACAGACUUUGGAGCAUAGAAUGCCUGCAAGUGCAAUGUGGUGAUUUUGAUUAAAGUCAUCAUUGUGAUCAUCUUGGCCUUUGUCCCCCCUUGCUGUUUAUCCGCUUAGUACUGGGGUGAUGUAUUGCUUUUGCCAAAUGUGAUUUUUUUCCAUCACCCAUGCCCAGAGCAAAAGGCUCCCUCCACAUCAGCAAGCAGUGUUACAUAACCAAACAGUCUGGGCACCUCUUGGCAGCUGGUCAUUCUGUUCUGGGAGCUUAAGCUUCUUUGAACAGGGUUUUUUCACUCUUCUGCCAAACAGAUGAUGCAAUAGGGCUUAGGUCUUACUCACUUGUCGCUCUUGAUUUAUUACAUUUGGAUGUCAGAUGCUGAAAUUGCCGAAUUCAUGGCCAAGGCAAAUGACUUCAUCAUUUUGUGGCUUACAAUAAAUGAUCAGAGAUCCUCUGUCUGAAGAAGCUUAAACCAGCAAAAAUCCCCUUAUGAACAUAUGGGGUUAUUUUUGUUCCAUUCUAUUUUUCAGAUUAAAAAGCAGCAGUACUUUGUCACUUUCUUUGCAAUGCAAAUGACCCAGCUGGUAGACCAGUUUGCUAUUUUGGCAAGGAUGAUUUGAAAAACCAAAAAAGGGUUAUUAGUGCUGCUUUUCUCUAGUACAACUAGUAGCAAAUGCUGUGUUUGAAUUCAAAACAGAUUGGGACAGCCACGUAAACGUUAUGAAACUAACUCUUCCCUUUUGGUCUGAUACUGACACUACUUUACAAUGUUUUAGUUUGUUAGCAACAAGAAAAGAUGGAUCCAGCUAGUAAGUCUAGUUUAUUUUAUUCUUCAUUCAGUUUACAAGAAUGACAUGACCAGCUUUGGAUCCUCCCAUUGUGCUAGGCGCAUUUUGCGACAAGAAGUUCAUUAGCACGAGCAGUUUCUGAGCUCUGGGUGCAGUACUGCGCCUAAGAUUUCAGAUUAAAACUGCAGAGUGGAAGGAAAGGAGGACCUUUUUCUGUCUCCCCACUUCCAGCCACUCUCUGAAGGCUGGAGAAGAGACCCUCUUAAGAACGUUAGCGGGGCAGGCAGGGGAAGCAUGGCUUUGUUUUUUGCAGCCUUCAGAUGAGGGCUAGACCGUGUGAAAAAUGAACAUAAGACUUUAGCUGCAGUUCAUUCAUUUUCAGCUUUGUAUUGCUAUAUAAAAAAAGUAUGCCUAGACUUUCCGUUGUUGUGCCCAUAACCUAGGUUGAAGGUGCCAUUUAGCUCCUAGCUUUCAUAUCUCAGUUUCUAACACUGAACAUGACGGAUGCAUUUUGGCACAGCAGUUAAAAUAUGGUAUGUUAAAAUAAAAAUUAAAAUACGCUAAUUCACAGAUUAGGUACCAGGACAUGCUAGCGUACCUCAAAAUUAAAUUAAAGGCUCCUGUGCAUUGAGUACCCAUCCCCAGAAGACGCCACCCAUUCUAUCUUAUAGAUAAGAAAACUUACCUUGUUAUUUUCUAACAGUGAAAAAGGAUUUAUCUUCACAUCCAUUCCCUCUGCUAGCAUGUUUGCAGGGGUGGGGGUUCCUACUGUGGAAUUCAUACUUGACCCUCCAGCAAGUAAAUUUGUCUCUCAUAACACUUCAGUUAGACCAGUUUGAAAUUUCCAGUAAUGCUGCGGUGUCAAGAACUGCAAUUUCAAAGAAGUCUGGCACAGUUAAUUUCUAAAUAUAAGUACCUUAAGAGCAAAAUAGGGGGUUACUGGUAAUUCUGAGAUUGAAAUAGUCCUACAGAAACCCUAUUUGCAAUUAGAGAAAAGAGUUAUAAUAAGGUUCCUAACUGGAGAUAGUGAUUGACACUGGCUUCUGUCAACCUGGCCAAGGUUUCUCAUAGUUAGCUGGAGGUAGAACUUUGGUCAAAGUGGACAUUCUUGUCUGAUUUUGCAAGUGGCUGACCAUUGCACUUGUCAAAAACACACAAUAAGGAUUCAAAGUUUUGUUGAUGAAAUCUCUACAACUGUCUGAUAUAAACAGAAACUGAUGUUAUUGUCUGGACUCUGGAACCAGUUCUUAGCAACAGCAACAACACUAAGCUAGGGCUAAAAAAUGAAUUAAAGGCUUGCUGAUGGUGGGUGCCUUGUCUAUCAACACCAGUAUCUUGGCUUAUAUUAGAGGGUUGUACUUCGUGCCCCAUAAUGUAAAUGCAGUCUUAUUUUUCACUCUCACUCAGUCACCAGGUUGAUGAAGCAGGUGUGGAGUUCUUAGAUGUGGGUAUGUCUGAAACUACAUCUUCCUUUUUGGGGAAUAUGUGUCCCCAAAAGGUCUUCUCAGACCUGACAGCAUGCAUCUGUUCUGCCUCCUAGAAGUCCAGCAAGCAAAUCCAAAGUAGUUUCCAAGCAUUACUAUAAUUGAGGAUCUCAGAAAUGCUAAAAUGCAUAACUUGCUCAUGCAGUAGCUUUGUAUUACAAAUAAGUUUGCUACAAGAAGGAUGGGAUGUAAAUACUCCAAAUCAGACAGUUGUGUGUUUUUGUUUUUGCGUUGUUUGCAAAGGUACUUUGUUAAGAUGGAAGUUGCAUAAAUCAAUAAAUAUGGCACAUGUUAAGUUCUGCAUGGCUGUUCUGCAUAAUUCAACAGAAUGGGUCCUGACCAUUGUGUUCUCUUCCUCUUAAAGCCUGAAGACGUUCAGAGACUGAUUUAUUCUGGGAAGUUGUUACAGGACCAUCUUUACCUGCGAGAUGUGCUUGCCAAGGUACUUGGAUGCUGUAUGCUGCUAGUAUUGCUUUUGUUAACUCUAGUGGAUCAGCAAGUAAAUGCAAUAAACUGAACUCUUGUUUGAAACUUAUUUUGGUUUAUAUUUCAGCAGGAUAUGGUGCAUGCUCUCCACCUGGUGUGCAACUCAAAACUGCAAGAAACAGACGUGAAGGUAUUUAUAAACUGAUAAGUUGUUCAGAUUCCUACCUUACCUUUAUCCACAAUUUAGGUAUAGUUCCCCUUGGAGCUGUUACUACAGCCUUGUAAGAGCAUGAAUAUUGCAUUGCUCUGUAAACCAUAGCAGGUCCACCACUUGCAUCCGUUAGAGUCCUGGGAAGCUCACUGUUAGGCCACAAGAGAGGUAACCACUCCCAGAGGUUUGGUGCCUUUGGUGCAGCUUUGUUUUUAGCUGUCAUGCUAUUGACACACCCAUCCUCAAAGACUUUGGAGCUUCAGUUUGAAAACCAUCUGAAUUAGUAGCCAUCUCUGAAACUUGUGGCCUUCAGAAUUAAGCUGUAAUGGUUUUCUCCCUUACCUGGCGGAAUGGAGAGAACCAGUGGGAUAUGGGUUAGUUCUGGAUAUAAACUCUGUAGGAAGGACAGAGAAGGGUGAUGAUUUCAACUUGCUGAUUUCACUUUUAUCCAUGUGAUGGUUAUAUUUGUCAUAAUGUUGAAAUAAAGCUGUUGCUGGUGUGUAAACAGAAGCUCUGUUCAUAUGUGUGGUAUGUUUCACCCCUCAGUUCAUUCUACUUGAAUGCUUGCUAUGGACAUUUGUGUCUGCACACCUGAAACUUACUUCUUUGUGUUUGGGGAAUAGGCCCUCUGGGAACGUGACUGACGGGGGGAUUUCAUUUGGAUGCCAGGAGGACUUCUCCCCGGCUGUAUUCUGCUAUUCUGUUGUCAGUCUAGUAGAACUGUCCCAGAAACCAGCACACUUACCAAACGAAACAGGAGCAACUUAUGCGUAGCACUUAGUAACUUUAGGUAGCAGAGUGCCCUCGUAAGGUGCUUUGGUGGGAGCAAUAGAAAUUCAAGCAGAACUUUUCAGAAAAAGAGUUGUUAAUGAAAAAUUGUGAGGUAAAUUACUAAAGUCUUGUCACAGAAGGUGGUGUGGGGAGGGAGAAAUGAGGUGAAGGCAAGCCAAGAGCAGUUGUGUAAUGGUGUUUGGGGGAGGAAGGAACAGGGUUGAAACCAUGGAGGGUACAAGUUAUACCUCCCCUUCCUCGCAAUUUGUCUGAAAAUCCUCUCAAAAGGGAGGGAGAAGCUCCCAUGCAGACACAUUCUUAAGUUUCAGCUGAUCAAUGUUUUCCUCAGGUUGUUGAAGCCAAGCAUCAGCCAGCAGCCUUUAGCCAAGACCCGCCUUUGCUUCCUUCAGUUCAUGCUUUGAGUCAGACGGACAUCCUCGGCAACCAGCCCCUUGCAGCAGAGAAUGCUGGCGAUAGGUACGUGUGGUGUGAGUGGCUCGGUUCUGCCUGUUGGGUACCUGUUUGUUGCCUGCUUGUUCAGACAACUUGCUCUGGAAUCUGUGUACCCUUGAGAUGGCAUCUAUGUACCCUCUUGGCAGCAGCUCGUGCCCCUGGCCUGCUACUGGAAUGGGUGCCUAGCAGUGCACCCUAACUCCACAUGUGAGGUACCACUUUGGGGAAAGCAAAGAACUGUGCAAAUGAGAGUAAUGCCUGUCUCUCCUUCAAGCCUUUGGCUUUGACCUUCUCCAGCACCCAGCGCAAAUACAGUGGUACCUCAGGUUAAGAACUUAAUUCAUUCUGGAGGUCCGUUCUUAACCUGGAACUGUUCUUCACCUGAAGCACCACUUUAGCUAAUGGGGCCUGCUGCUGCUGCAUAAUUUCUGUUUUCAUCCUGAAGCAAAAUUCUUAACCCGAGGUUCUAUUUCUGGGUUAGUGGAGUCUGUAACCUGAAGUGUCUGUAACCCAAGAUACCACUGUAAAUAAAUGCCUGCCUUCUCCUUGCAAGCCUGCUUGGCAUGUGAGAGGCCUUGGGGAGGAGAGAGACGAGUUGGUGGUGAGCAUAACUAGCAGCUGGCUAGCAAGCCAAACCAAAGACUCCUGAGCCCCUAGUAUAGGGAUAGUCAACUUGGGGCCCUCCAGAAGCUGGACUGCAGCUCAUGCAUCCCUGAUCAUUGGUCAUUCUUCUUGAGGGUGAUGCGAGUUGUGGUUCAGCAACAUGAGGCCCAGUACGUCAGCAUGUUUUCCCCAGUGGAACUUUGACUGCAGCACAGUUUAAUUCUUCCUUCUGAUUCGUUGCUGAUGCAUUUAAAAUGUUACAAUCUAAAAGGCCUGACACACAAGGAUUGGGGAAGAAGGGAGGGCGAGGAAGGACACCCAGGGACGAGUUCCUUGUUGUAAGGACUAUGUAACCAACAGCUGGAAUGAAAAGAGCUUAGAGAGAGGAGCCACAAAUAGUUAGUCUUUUACCAGAGCAGAGAUGCAGAAACCCUGCCAGUCCAUUCUCUUUUCCACUUCAAUAGCCUUAAGAUUAAAUGCUGAUAAAACAUCCUUGGCCUGGAGGGUACAGCAUUACAAAAUCCUUGCCAUAUUAUUUUCAGUGAGGGCAAGGGAGAAAAAAUAGUAUGCCUGUCCUGAUUAAGCAUAUUUUCUUCUCCUCUGCAUCAGAUCUGCACCGGCGCAGCACUGCUUUCAACGCUAUUCAUCCUAUACAACAUACCGCAUGCUGCAGUUCUGGUUCCAUCAAUUUUAUGCAAGACAAUACUACAUGCAAUAGUAAGUUGCUGUCUUCGUUGUGAUCUAUUUCUACAAGGAGCUAAAUCCCAAGCAUUUGGACAAAUUUGCAUACUGGUGUGAUGUGGCUGAAAAGCUAGGGCUCUCGUCUGUAUGUAUUCAGUGUUAGCUUAUAUCAAACCCCUGGCACAAAUAAGCUAUGGUGGUCCUUGGUGAUUCACUGAAUCAAAUACACCCUUGAAGUGCACCUGUUGUUGGCUUGCUGUUUUGAGGCUGCCAAUUUGUUUCAUGCACAUCAAAGUUGAGCAAGCUCUCACCAGCUUUCUAACUGAGCUCAUGACUUUUAUCUUGCAUCUAGCAUGGCUGCCAGUGCUGUUUCUGGUGACGUAUCCUCUACACGAAGUACGCAGGAGAUCCCAGUUGCAGCCCCGGUUGCGGCCCCAGCUCCUCUUUCUGGUCCUUUUCCUGCUGAAAACCAGGCCGGAAAUCAAAACGUUCCCCCUCAGGUAAACCCAGGGGUGAACCAGAACCUUCGCAUGAAUGCCCAGGGAGGGGCUUUGAUGGAAGAAGAAGAAGAAGGCGGCAAUCGGGAUUGGCUGGACUGGCUCUACUCAGCAACCCUCUUCUACGUCUUCAUCAAUAUUGUGUAUUUCUACUCCAGUAUGAGCAGGCUUCUCAUGGUGAUGGUGGGCACCCUCCUGAUGUACCUGUAAGUUUCUGUGGCCUCAUCUUAUCUCUCUCACUUUUUACCACUAAUCUUGGUGCACAUUAUUUUAAAAUAAGUGCCUGCUGGGGGAGACUAGUGGCCAAGUGUGGACAUGAUGUCAAACUGUGAUCAAGGCUUUGGGGUUGCACAGUCGCUCAGCCAGGCCAUGAGAAGAUAGCGAGAACGUACCACCUAAGAACAUAGGAAGCUACCUUAUAUAUGAGCCAGACCCUGUUGGUCUAGCUCAGUAUUGUCUUACCUUGGCUGGCAGUCAUUUGCCAGUAUUUUAGGCAGGGCUGAAAGCCUGCCCUACCAGGUCCUACCAUUGGGGAACUACAUGCAAAGCAACAGCCUCCAACCUAUGGUUGGUUGACAAAAUAUCAUUAACAUCCAAAGUGGAGGGCAGGGCAGCUUAGUUUUAAGCACAACUUUUUAACGUGUUGGGAUCAUAAACCACAAUUUAAUUUGCUCCACUAAGCUUAUUUCUUGGUAGGCUUUGGUACAGAAAACCGUGGUUUACAACAAGAAGUGAAAAUUUCCUAUUAUGGCUGGCAGGGAGCAUAUGUGAGCAGGCCUCUGUAUAUAAAGCUAAACUGUGGUUUCCUGUUUUAUCUGAGCUGGCCCACAAACUCUGCUGGACAUAUUUCUGCAGCUCCCUUGAAAUCGUUGUAAGGAGCCUAGUACUUCAAACAUUUACAUCUACUAAAAUACCACUUGUGAGGGUUUAAAAGGAAACAUGCACCACAGGUAAAAUAACUUGUUUUGCAACCUGUCGCUCAUUUUCACUGUUGCACAUACAAGAACUGCACGCUAAACACUGACAUCUGAACUUGUCCUAGUAAACUAUCCUCUCCUUUGGAUGCAUUUCUCACCUGUGGGACUGUAGCUCAGACAGCUCUUUACUAUACUGAAUGCAGUUUUUAUACAUUAGCAACAGUAAAAGCUCCUCAGCUUUUGCAGUUUGUUAGUAAACUUGGGUAGACAGCCAUUCAGUUUAUGUUGGCAGCCCUUUAAAGGGACACAGAUUGGAACAAAAUAACUGUCUUUGGUCUUUUUUAUUUAGCAAAAUUUAUAAGCCGCUUGAUUGUUUUAAAAAAGGAAAACCUCUUAAGCAGUUUACAAAAAUAUAAAAAACUAAUAAAAUUACUGAUAAAACAAUUAAAACCUAUUAAAUAUUUUCAAAAGAUGAUUGCAAUCAGCUGCUAAAAAGAAAUGAAACAUAUAACUUCCACAUGUCUGGAUAGGCCUGAUAUCAAUAGGCAGGGAGUUCCAAGGCGUACUUGUAAGAAAUUGGUAUUUUAGUGUGGCCACAAGUAUAAUAAUAAUAAUAAUAAUAAUAUAAUUAUUUAUACCCCGCCCACUCUGGGCGGCUCCCAUCGGAACGUUAAAAACACCUGUGCCAGUUAUGCAGAUGGAAGCAGUUGAGUGGGCAUAUAUGGGAUAAGGUGAUUCAGCAAAUAACAUUUCCCACCUUGAAAGUCACAUUACGGAUGUCAUGCAGUGCACAGAACUCCGAGCUGUCUUCUAUGAAAUAACUGGAAAGGCUUGUACAGCAGGGGCUAAGUCAAUUGCUCUCCUCCUGUCCUUGAAUAUUGAAUGGAGACUCUCUCCCAUGCCAAAUGGUGGGUUAUCCUGACAGAGGGUUUUUUCAGACUUCCCUUUGGCAUUCUGUCCUAUACCUCACUGGUUUUGUCUUCUCAGGCACCAGGUUGGAUGGUUUCCUUUCAGGCGGAGGCCAGCUCAGCCUGCUGAGAACUAUAUUCCUCUCCAAGCAGCUGUUAACCAAGACCAAAACAACAAUUUACAGGUAAGUUCCUAACAGGAUAUAAUUUCCUUCAUAAGCACAAUUUUGAAUGUUCUGAUGAACUUUCCAGCCCAAACCUAAGCAGCUCAGAAUGAAUGCCACUCAUUCAGAGAGACGUGCUUCCUGGAUAAUUAAGCUUGUUUAGGGUUUCAGCAUUGCCUCAGUACCGUUUCUAAAACACCUCUUUAUAUUUUGUCCACAUAUCUUAAGUGGCUUGGCGCUUAUGUACUGUAAAUUGUUCUGUGUGACAAAAUAAUUUAGGAUGCAAAGUGUGCAUUCGGUAUUGGCUUCCACUUAGCACAGUCGACGUGCUAAAAUUAUGUUGUAGAACUUGAGAUAAAUCAAGAUGUUGAAUCAUUUGUUGGGCAUUUUCCUGAUUUGGUGGUGCUGGUUCUACUGUACCACAUAAUGCACCCUAUUCUUUGUAUGUGAGACCCAGCGCUGGGCAGCAACAAAUAUUUUGGUCCUUCUGGGGUGGGGCAUUCCUUUUUCAGGCAGCUAAACCAUCUCCAGCUCCUGGCUCUUCCUGUUGACUGAAGGCUUUGGAGACCUGAUGAUGGAAAAUGUCCAUCUCCCAGGCCCUAGAUGUCACUGCUAACGUUAAAUGAGCUGUAAUGUGUUGAAUUAAUGCAGCAACUGUGUGCUAUCUCAGAAAUGGUUUUUGGAUCCUGCAUGUUGUUAAUACAUGCUUGGAGAGCAGGUUGCUCCCAGCUUCUAAUGAGGUCCUUUCAUGAAGUGCUCUCCCUCCACAGAGUCUGGCUAGCCAAAUAUAUCUAGUUCAUGUGACUUAUGACAAAGUAAACCUACAACUGGUAAUAUUUGCCAGUGUCGAAUCUAAAGCUACCCAGGAAGAAAGCCGUAGCGCUGCAGGAGAAGGUCAGUUGAUGAUCCUGUCAGGGAAUUAUUGCAUCUUUCUCUUUCCUUGGUUUAGCAGGAGGAAAAUGCGGGGGGUCAGGGUGAAAUGGAGGCACCUGACACCACACCAGAGAGUCAACCAGCACCGUCUUCGUUCAUGAGCACUGCCUGGCUUUUCUUCAAGACUUUCUUUGCAUCCCUCCUGCCUGAGGGACCCCCAGCUGUGGCCAACUAGCUGGCUGCUUAGCCACAUAAAUAGCCAGUAAACUGCAGCUGUCUGUUUGCUGUGAGACCUUUGGCUGAGCGAGGACUGGACUGGACACCAGUUUGAAUGCUGGAAGUGGCCUGGUACCAAUGGACGAAAAGGAAUUACUCUGCUUUCAGAAGCGAAAGACAGAGAUUGCAGCAGCCAUAAGACCAAAGUACAGAGUACCAGUGAAUUGUAUGGGAAACACUGAGUGAAGGCCUACAGCAGUGUGCAAUUCUGUACUGAAUGCAAGUAAGGCUGUUGAUAGACCAAGAGUGAGAGAAGCACAUUGCUUCUGCUGGUGUAACUUGAUUCCUGUUGGAAUGUAUCUCAUGCUUUAAUUACACUGAGUGUAGUAUCUUGCGCAACCAGUGAAUUGCUAGAUAUGUAUUAUAAGAGUUUUACAGGGAAGAUUUAUGCCAAAAAUAAUUAAAAGCUGUGCUUGCGCUCAAUAAAUGUAGGGAGCUGUUUGCAUAAAUAGCUUCCUACUGAAGAUUCAGUUGAGCUUUUUAUACUAAACAGUAUAGCAAGAGCAACCAACCCACACGUACAGGUUCAUGUCAAGAACUAUCACCCAGUUUUAUCAGUUGGAGUGAUCAUGUAGAUCCAAGCAUUCUUUCCCUUGAUAAAAUCUUCCAGGCUGCUUUCUGUUAGGACUUCUGAUAAGCAUCUAAUCAAAAAUAUUGUCAGUUGUUUUUGCCACCACCUUACAAACUCAAGAUAUCUGCAAACUAGAGUCUUUUGCAAGCAAGGCUUAGAAAGAUGAUGGCCCAUCUGUCUGUUCCUGAAUUUCAGCAGUGGAAUAUUUCUCUGCAUUCUGUUUUUUGUCCAUUGUAUUAAAUGGGUUUAAAAAAAAAAGUCUUCCAGAAGAAGUUCUCUAAAACAUGCAUUAUGUUACUAGCUUAAUUUCUAGUGGUUUGUAUUUUAAAAGAAGCAUGCAACUAUGCAAGUAUGAAGAAGACCAGGGAAGGGAAAUAGGUAUUGAAAAUGUCAUAUUCACAUUUUAAAGCUUGUGCUUUUAAAGGGUAAAUUGUUGAAGAGCAGUAUAUUUUGUGCCUUUGGGAUCUGGAGAUGUUUUUCCUUUGCUCCUUAUACUUUAGGAGGCAUUCCUGAUACCUCCAUUUCUGUUAAUCUUUGGCUUGCGUCUCCUAGAACUUAAUGAAUUUGCAUUGAGAAUCUUUUCAGCUCAGGGAUAAUUUUUCUUAGAUUAUCUUAACACACAGGGCCAUUGUCCUGCAUAUACAUUUUGAAUAUCAAAUGAUGCUGAAUUUAUUUUUUCACUAUUGUAGAUUGUAAGCCUUCAGUUCAUAUCAACUUCAUCUGUACAGCUGACCACUUUCUCUUGUAUAAUACCUGUUGAACAAAGUUUAACACGCAAUGACUUAAUUUUAUUAAACUUAGAUAUUGCUGUCUAGCCGUUCAUUUGUCGGUCACUGCACAGGUAAAACUGUACAAGAAACACUGUCCAGUCAGGCAUUAAGGACAAAUGGUAUAACUGAGUGGCUGAGAAUCUGAACUCCUUUCCCUGUACUUCUCAUUACCUGGCUCGAUUACCUGGCAGUCUCUUCCAACUUUACUCCAGGUCUGCGAUGCUGAAGGCUAUCAUCAGUACUUCAUCAUAAGAUGAAUAAGACAAGAAGAGCCCUGCUGGAUCACACUCUAGCAUUACUUUCUGGGCAGUGCUGCCAGCAAGGCUGUUGAGAACUGUGCUGCUAAGGUGACAAAAGCUCCCGUCCUUCACUUGUAAGGAUAGAGAAAACACCAGUCUAUGGGAAACAAUUGAGGAAAUAAAGUGCAUGUCGUACAUACAAGCAAACCCUCAAUCAGUAGUGGCAAACUGCUGGAGAUAUUUUGUGGGAUGCAGCCAUGAAAUUCGCUACUUGCCUUGGGAAGGUAGUGGAUGCAGGCAACUAGCUAUGCGGCAAAAUCUUCCACUCUUCCUCUUUUGCCCCCUCCCCAAGUUGGUAUGGUCUAUGCAGUGGUAGGUGUAUAUGCAGCUGAAGUCCCCUGGAUGGUGGAAUCUGCAGGGGGUGGGUUUUCAGCUGCUUUCUGGGCUGCUCACAGUAAACAGAUGGUGACCCUUUGCAACAAAAGUGUUUUGCAUCAAAAUUGUGAAAUAAACAUAUACAAAUAAUUACAAUGGAGCAUUUCGUUUUCAAAACAGCCUGAGUCUGCAAUUGAAGAAAACUCUAAAUGAAAAGGCAGCUGCUGAUUUUUGGGGUGUCCUGAAUUUUGUUGGUGUAUUUCUUGUGGGAAUUUUCUGCUCAGGUAUAAAUAUAACUUGGCCAACCUUGGCAACCUUAGCAGCUGAACUUGGUUGGUUGAGGUGAAGCCAUUUGCUCAUUACACUCCAGGCUGCAAGGAGCUUGGGCAGGGUAGCUGUGUUUGAAUCUAAAGCACAGGCAUUUAUUCUGAAGACUUCUCAAACUCGUGAUUGACUGACCACAAGGUGGCAGAUUGAGUAAAGACCUGAAAGCAGCCUUGCUGAGCUGCUGCUCUCCUUGCCUUCAAGUAAUUUAGGGUUGUGAUAAGUUUCACCCUCAUUUUACCUCCCCUUUUUGGGCAAGGUCUUUGAGCGGGUGCUCAUGGCCAGAUUCAGGCUCUUGGAUAAAACUUGAUUUCCUAGAUCCCUUUCCAUCUGGGUUUAGGCACUGAAACUGCCUUGGUUGCACUGUUAUGAUGAGCUCUGUUGGCAGAAAGAAAGUGGAAGCAUGUCCUUAUUAAUUCUUGAUCUUUACUGCAGUUUCCAAUACCAUUGACAGUGCUCUUCUGCUGGAGUGGCUGUCCAAGUUGGGGGUGGGCGGCACAGCACUGCAGGGGGUUCCAGUCCUACUUGGAUGAUUGUUCUCAGGGGUGGGGAUGGGUGUGUUGCUCAGCUGUGUGAAGCCUGCAGUGUGCAGAGUUUAAUUCCCCUCCCCCAUGUUGUUCAACAUCUACAUGAAACUGCUGAGUGGGGUAAUAAUGAGCUUUAAGGGCAGGGCAGGGACUGGCACUUCCUAGGUCUCCCUGUCCCAAUGCUAGAAAUCUAAUCACUGUACCAUGCUUGGCCUUCCAGGGACCCAAAAUGUAUGUAAUGGUACCCUGCCUUCCCCCAAAACCUAUUUUAAAAUAAAGCCAUGGGGAAAUAAAAUGUGAGAAGGAACACAUAGCAUUUGAAAAGCCAUGGUGUUGGUGGGAGCAAGCAGGUAGAGAAAGGGUUAAGUGCCCCCAUGCAUCCCCUGCUGCUGCUUCCAUCAUUUCUUUCUCUCCCCCAAACCACUUUUCCUUUACUAAACCGUCUUAAACAUGGGUAGGCAAACUAAGGCCCGGGGACCGGAUCCGGCCCAAUCACCUUUUAAAUCCAGUCCACGGACUGACUGAGAAUCAGCGUGUUUUUACAUUAGUGGAAUGUGUGCUUUUAUUUAAAAUGCACCUCUGGGUUAUUUGUGGGGCAUAAGAAUUCGUUUAUUUUUAUUUUCAAAAUAUAGUCCGGCCCCCCACAAGGUCUGAGGGACAGUGAACCAGCCCCCUGCUGAAAAGGUUUGCUGACCCCUGGUCUUAAGCAUAGAAUAUGUUAGCCCCUUGAUCUUCCUGCUGCCAGCAUCCUCUGAAGGAAUUGGUUCCGGCGUUUGAAACUUACCUCCUUGUUGAGACCUUGCCAAGGGAACUCUGGACCAUUUAACUCAGUAUUGUCCAUGCUGACAGUGGCUCUCCAGGGUUUCAGGCAGGCUUCUUAGCAGGAGACACCAGGGAUUGAACUCUAGACCCUCUGCAUGCAAAGUUUGAUACUCUACCGGUGAGCCGUGGUCCUACCCUGUGAGCAGUUAGGAUAUUACAUAGUGUGGAUAAUAAGAGGGAAUUAUUCUUGUCCCAAGGCCCUCCACAUGGAGCUGAUUAGGGGACCUGGGCAAAAGUGUUGGCUCAUAAGAAAAUAGGGCAGUUCCUUUACUGGGGCCAACCAGAAAGUCGCCAAGCAGUGAGCACGUUUUCGAGUUCUUCAGAGCUCUUCAUCAGGUUGCACAACAGUGAACCUCCCUGGGAGGGCUUGACAUGGGCAUUUUGCAGGCUGAAUUUACUUUCAGAAAAGGGUUCAUGGAUGGCGGUUGGGGUGGCUGAAAGGCAGAUGGAGGCCACAUGAAGAGAGAGGGCACUUUCCUUCUUUGGAUAAAAGGACUUUAUUUUAUGUGCCAUCCUUUGUGCCUGCUGGCAUGGCUCUCCAAAUCUUGGACAGAUAAGAAUGCAUCACCCACAUUCUGGGGUGGUGGUGGUGAUCUCUUGCCUUCUUCAUUCCCACUCAAGGGGACUUGCUUCCAGCCUGCUGGCCUUCUGCACACCUACUCAGGAGGCUUCUUCACUUCCUUUUAGGCCCAGUGGCUUCCUGCAUUGCCACCCAAGGGUGCUUGCUUCCCUUGCUUCUAUGAGCACUGGCCUUCUGGAUCCCAGCCCAGGAUGUGUAAUUUCUUGCUACUACAUUGAUUACUAGAAGGACUAAUAAUGGAAACAAUUUACUUUCCAUAAAGAUUUGAUGAACAGAGGUGAGGGGUGGUGGAAGGGCAGAUGGACACCUCUUAUACCACAAUUGAAAAAGGUAAGAAGUCUAUUUUCCUAUUCCCAGGCACGCUGGUCUCCUGUACCCCCUCUGCCAUGGGUCUCUUCCCUUCCUUACAUUCCCACCAGCCUUCUGGAUCCCAGCCCAGGAAGUUUCAUUUCUUGCUGCUACUUUGAUUUUGAUUUUUCUUCUAUGUAAUAGAAAGUCUCUCUCUCCCUCUCCCCUCCCCACAUCUCUCUGUGAAGUCUACCUCACAGGAUUGUGGGGAGCAUAAAAGUGUGGGAAACAACACUCCACAAGCAAACUACCCUGAGCUCAUGGUAGAAGGGUGAAGUCUAUAUUGGAGUGAGAGGCGGAAAUAAAUAGUUGUAUGGCAUUGCUGGGCUCACUGAAGUAAGAACCCAAGGAAGCUGGCAUUGGGAUAUGCUAUAUAAAGCGAUGCCAUAAUGAGGAUAUGUACCCCAAAUCCCUUCCACAAUGCAGUGGAUUGUGAUAUGCAGGAGGAAGGCUUUCUCAGCAUCCCCUGAGAUGUGGUCGGGGGUCCUGGCCUGCACCUUUUGGGGUCAUUUGGUGUGGCAAAAUGUUUCAGGGCUGGCCCUGAUUUGUGUGUUCCCUCUUGUACCACUGCAAAAUACAAUAGAGCUUAUUCUGCAGUACCUGGAAAUAAAUAAAAAAUCUAUCUCAGGAAACAGAUGCUCAGCAACAAUGACUUAUUGGCCUAACUUCCAGUGAUUUAGAUUAAUGGACAGGGAGAAGCUUUUGUUGUCAUUGAGGGGAACUGCAUGGCUGGCCUUUGAGCAGAAAAACAAACCCAGGGAUUGAUAACUCCCAGUUGGGGACCUACAAGGAGGUCUGUGUGACCCGUGUCUAGUCAUCCUGACAUAGUGGAACAAGUUGUACCUGUUACAACUUGUACCAAAGGGCACAAGCCAUCUCAAGUCAAUACUCAUUAACAUUUGUCAGCAUUCCCAGUAUAAAUAUUCUUGUGAGGAGUUUUCUCUGAGAUAAUGCACCUUUGUAUGGCAUUGUCAAUAAUAUAGGCACCUUUAUCUAAACUUUCCUCUACCAUAUGUAUUUUUUGAAUGCAUGUUUUGGUUAUACAGCUGCAUUGCAAAAUUUGGAGAAAAGCAGAUUCUGAAUGAUAGCUGUGCUUUGGUUUGUGUAAGGUUUUUUGGAAGUGCAAAUUAGGUGAACUUGCACCAGAAAGCAAACCAAAGUAUCACCCUUAUCCCUAUAUGAAAUCCCAUGGUUUUGAAAGGAGAUAUUUAAGCCAAUGGGAUAUUUCCCCCUCUCCUAAGGAUCGUUGUUGCAGGGGCAGAGACAUAGUGGUCUGGGGUCACAGGGAGUUGAAAACCUGCUACUGUUUUUGCACCAGGGUCCUAGUGACACCCAGUCAGCAUGAAGGCACUAAGAUGCUUUCUUACCCUUAAAGCCAAUCAAAGAGUCAGCCGCUGAUGUUGGGCUCCUAGGGUCACUCUGGAGAAGAUGUGUGGGGAAAACACAGAGGAGGAUUUGCUCUAUGCUCCAAAGCUAAGCUUUUGGUAACGCUAGAAACACAAGAGGCUUUCAUUUCAAGAGAACGGUGUGCAACAAGGAAAGCACAACUUAAGUCACUCUGAAAGGAAAUAUUGGCGCACUCCAGAUCAUUUACCCAUGUAUGUACACAGCAAAAUAGUAUGUGUUGGCUGAAAGGGAACACAUGGGGAACUGCACUGAUUGUUGCAAUGCAUCCCCAGUUAUUAGUAUGUUUAAUUAUAAGAUCAUACAGUAAUAUUAGUGGGUUUCAUAAACUUAGAAGGGGGUGCGGUUGUGACGAUCAUGAAGGGACCUUGCACUUAAGAAUUUGCCACUGUACUACUGCACACAGCUGCAGAAGGCAGGCUGAAGCUUCUCCUUGUGGUCCUGAUGAAAAUCAGUCACCCUCCCGAUGCACCUAGUAUAUUAAUUUAUAUUAAAAAAACCCGUGAUGUGGUUACUCACCCCACACAAUUGUUGGGUAGCGUGUCUCCCACUGAAAUCAGUGGACCUCCAAAUGUUUGGCUAUGUGGGUGUACAAUAUGAGAAAUCUUACCCUCCAGCCCUUUCUUCUGUAACUAUACAUAUACAUAGUGUGUGUGUAUGAAAUAAGUGUAACCCAUAACAGAAUUUGCUGCAUUGAAUAAAAUAAACUGCCCUGGGAUUAU